AAAGGACAAGUAUUGGACAGCACACCACCACCACCUGCCCGAGAGGUGUGACCACCGCAUCAUCACUACCUGCCCUGUGACACUGCCUGCCGUCUUCCAUUGUGAUGUCUGAAUCCGCAGCCAGCCGCUCCUGGCCGUUCUUACUCCUGCUAGCCAUCCAUGUCAACGUGGCCACGGGAGUCCCUCAACCAUGGCACUGUGCACCUUGCUCCGCUGAGAGGCUCGCCCUCUGCCCACCGGUGCCAUCCACCUGCCCAGAGAUCUCCCGGCCGGCCGGCUGUGGCUGCUGCCCUAUGUGUGCCCUGCCACUGGGUGCUGCCUGUGGUGUGGCCACUGCACGCUGCGCCUCAGGACUCAGCUGCCGUGCUCUGCCUGGGGAGCCUCGCCCUCUGCAUGCCCUCACCCGUGGCCAAGGCGCCUGUGUGCCAGAGCCUGCGGCCCCAGGCCCGGUGGUGUCCAGCUCAGAGCGUGAAGAGGUGAAGGGAACUGUGGCCCCCAAGAAUGAGCCCCCCGAGAGUGCAGAGAUGACUGAGGAGCAGCUGCUGGAGAGCUUCCACCUGAUGGCCUCUUCCAGUGAGGACCGGCCCAUCCUCUGGAAUGCCAUCAGCACCUAUAACAGCAUGAGGGCCCGUGAGGUGGCCGAUCUCAAGAGAUGGAAGGAGCCCUGUCAACGAGAGCUCUACAAAGUGCUAGAGAGAUUGGCCAAGGCCCAACAGAAAGCAGGAGAUGAGAUCUAUAAAUUUUAUCUGCCAAACUGCAACAAGAAUGGAUUUUACCACAGCAAACAGUGUGAGACGUCCUUGGAUGGAGAGGCAGGGCUCUGCUGGUGCGUUUACCCUUGGAGCGGGAAGAAGAUCCCGGGGUCUCCGGAGAUCAGAGGGGAGCCAAACUGCCACCGGUUCUUUUACUUACAAAACUGAAAAGAAAUAUCUUAUAUGUUCUUUCACACAAAUAUUUAAGUAUAUAGUAUAUUUAUACUCUGGAAUACACAUGUGUUUUUAUAUAUGUGUGUAUGUAUG